AGAUGUAGAUGGCAGCACUAAACGAGGCUCGGACUUAUCUCACGGAGAAAUAGCGGGAAAAUGCUCGUAGGUCGUCUGGGUCUCCUUUUGUCAGCAGCAUAAAGUGCAAAGUAUGAUAAACUGUGCAAAUUAAGAUGGAUUACAAGACACGCAGACGUCAAACUGUUGCGGACACGAAUGGUCGCGAAAAUGAUUAUCCUCAUGACAUUCAAAUGUAUGAUAUGCCCCCAGUGGGUGAAAUGUCAUUGGAAGAAUUUCAAGAAUUGGGCUUUGACAGAUUAAAAGCAUUGCGAUUAGUGGAGACAACAAACUGUAGAAGUGAUCUGAAAACUAUGGAAGAUCGCAAGAAGUCUCUGUGCGAUUCUUUGAAAUCCGAUGGACUCAAAUACUAUGGGAAUCUCUUGUACGCUGAUGGAUCUAAUCCACAGUCGGAGGAUCAUUUGCAGUCCAGGAGGAAAGAUCACAUAUCCCACUUUAUUUUGAGACUUGUGUAUUGUCAUAAUGUGGAGCAGACUAAAUGGUUUAUUAAUCAGGAGGUGGAAUUCUUUAAGUUAAGAUUUAGCUCCUUAGACAAAAAGGGCAUCGAACAUUUGUUGAGUAUCAGUAAUAUGGAUUGCGUAUCUAUUUCACAAAGUGAGAAAUUGGAACUGAAAGAAGAACUCAUCUUGUCAUCUGGGAAAGUUACCAAUAUAGAUAUCACAGAUAUUUAUAAAGUGCCUUUUGAGAAAGUCAUUGAUUUAGUCAGAGGACGUAAGGUAUAUCUCAAAGCAGGGAUGGCAUACGUUACUCAUCUGGAUCUGAGUUCAGUAUUUAUCAGUUAUUUCAGAGAGAAUCUAAUCGCAGGAUUAGAGAGCGCAAAGAUCCUUUAUGAUAACAUAUCUGAUGAUGAAAGACUGACCAGAUACUUAACAGGUCUUCCUUCAGCUUUCUCUGGAAUGGCUCGUGUUGUGUGGUCAACUACAGCUACACCCAUCGAUAAACUGCACGAUUUGUCCAAAACGUCAUAUCCAUUAUGUAUGAGAACUCUUCACGAUGCACUUUACACCAACAACCAUCUAAGGAACUCGGGACGUAUGCAGUAUGGGUUAUUCCUGAAAGGUAUAGGUGUGACUGUAGAAGAUGCUCUACGUUUCUGGAGAGAUGCAUUUUCGAAAAAGACAGACGGAGCCGCGUUUGACAAAAAAUAUGCAUACUCUAUUAGGCACUACUUUGGUAAAGAGGGAAGGCAAACGAAUUACACGCCGUACGGCUGCCAGAAAAUAAUAUCUAGCUCUGUCGGGCCUGGAGAAUAUCAUGGAUGUCCUUUCAGACAUAUGGAUCGCGAUUCGUUGUGUCAGAAGUUAACUAGUUAUGGUGUAUUUGCCUCUAAUGUGACCGAAAUAUUGGACUUGGCCAAGGAUGGACAGUAUCAUUUAGCAUGUGCCAAAUAUUUUGAAGUUGCGCACAACAAACCAGCAAGCAAACCACUUCUACAUCCAAACGCAUACUUUGUCGAAAGUCGUGCAAUUUUAACUGAAGAUGAUAGUAAUGACAAAGAUUUCGACAACAAAGAUAAGUUCUCCCAAAAUACAAUUGGAACUCCCGGAGGUCUAUCUUCGAGAAAAAGUGAUAGAUUUUCUACGCCUUCUAGAAAUUCGGAUUUCACUGGCACGCCAAAGAGAACCGAUAAAUUCGGUACACCUUCGAGAACCGCAGAUACAAUCGAUACACCUUUGAGAAAAAUCCAGAAAAAUUAUUACACGCCUUCAAAGAAGACUAAAAUGACUCCGGUAAAUAUCGCGGAAAUGCUAAACGAUGAUUUUACAGAUUUUAUGGAUGUAGAUUUGGAUCAAAAAAGUUAACAAAUAACUAUUCUGUAUAAAUUUAUUUAUGCAUAUUCUUCAGAUCCACUCUGCAGAAUUUUUCCAAAUAUAUUUUUAUCCUAUUUAUCAAUAUUUGUAUCAAUAAUUGUUCAACUAUGUUAAUCUUGUAAUAAAUACUGUGCUUAUAAUUUA